AUGUCUUCCGCGUGCACUCUUGAGCGCUUGCUGACUGUCACGACUUACAGUGCGAGCAAAGUACGCCGUCAGACCGGAGGAGCCUUCAGCGCCCUCGGUCCUGUCAGAGCGGAAUACAGCACAUGCCAAGCCUUUACCGCCAUGCAGAGUUUGUUGCCUGAUUCAUUGACGAGCUCAGCUCACGACUCGGGCUUCGUACAGGAUGGGAGCGCAACUAAAAUGCUGUUCCAGCAUUAUGGCGGCAGCAUACCCCCACCGCCGCACCCGCUUACAGCCGGUUUCGAGCAGACCGUGGAUGCCAACGAGGCCCACAGUAGCAUGUCCGCUCUCUCUCAGGACAAUGGGUUCUCAUUCCGGUUGCGAGCACAAACGCCUUCGAUGUGGCCCGCUAUCGCUUGCCCGUACGACGUGCAGCAAACGAGCAAGAGCGCGCCUACAAGUGGCCUCGCUUCACCGGAAGACGGCCCCGAUGAUACCCAUUGGCUAGGCAACGCUCCAAAAGGGCGAGCACGUAGCCGCGCACUGACCUUUGUUCCUGGCUGUCAUUUCUCAGCAGCUGCUCCAGGCUCUACACUUCAACAUGUGCCUUCGAGUCGACCAAGAUGCCUCGAGGAUAUCGCACCGCGCCAGUGCUUCUUGCAGGUUCUAGGCAUGUACCGGGAGAUGCUUUGGACAUCGCUUCCUCUGGUAGACUGGCCUACCUUCGCCCACGACCUUUUGCACCGCAGGGAUGCGCAAGAUAAGACUUAUUUGGCCUUUGCUUUGAGCUUGACCGCCUUGACCCUAUCAUGGUGCCCCAAUGCCUACCUACCUGAGCCCAAGGCUUUCUAUUUCAAGUUGCGCGAUGUUUGUCACCGCUCCAAUCGAAGACUGCAGGAUCGCUCUUACUCUCCUCUGACCACUGUUCACGUGUCUACCCUUAUCAGCGAUUCGGUAAGUAGUUCGUUUGCGCCAGCGCUCCAACACACGCUGGCUUACUGGUUUAGCAUUUACCGUUCAGCUGCAUUUGCAGGAGAUAGGCCAGAACGCUGCAUCGGCUGCAACGUUCGGUGAAGCUGAAGGUCUUCUGAAACAUGCGAACCUGAUGCAUGUGGGUUGCCCUGCUGGAUCUGGCCCUCGGCUUGGGUCUGCAAGUGCGAGUCAUGAGGAUCUGCAGCUUCUGUGCUUCAGUGAGCGGCAACCCACCAAUAGUGGCUUGAAGGUGGCCCCGCCUUUGCUGAUUCAUGCAUAUGUCAACAGAGAUCAAGGGGAUUACGUCCCUGUGCGAUUCGCGACCGCUCGUACAUGCUUGCGACGAUAGAGGAGUCUGCUCAGUGCUGCAGACGACUCAGACAGACUCGUGAGUCCCGAGGUCCACCGACUCCGGAUGUUCCACCUUCUCACGACCACCGAGUCGCGAUGCCUGGGUCUCAGAGAGAAUACGCCUCAUGGCUUGAGGUCCUCUGCACACCUCACCCACAUUCUUGCCGAAGUGAUACAAUUUCAUCGAGAGGUGCGUGAUGACUCCACUGAUUUUGCCGUGUCAUCUGCUGAAUUACUGGCCUCAGACUACUUUGAAACAGACACCAAGCUGCUUUGAAGAGCCGCACAAGGACGCAGAGAUGCCCAUCCGGAUUGACGGUUUGCGCUGCAGAGUUUCAGCUGUGAUGAGAUCUUUUGACUCGGAUCUAGGAAUUGGAGGUGAUGCGCAUGCUUUGCACGGGGCGGACGAAUUGCCUCCUCUGCCAUUCCCUCCUGUGCCUCGAGCCAAGUUCCGCGAUGCUACACUGAGCCCGCCAAACUCUCCUUGGCCACCUCGUGCAUUUUCGGCCACAGGUUUACCCAGCCGGAAAGUGGCGUGGCCAGAGCCGAAUGAGCAGGUCGACUGUCGCUCGGCCACGAUCAAAGUUGGGCAACUGCCACCUUUGGCGAACGCGACCAAGGCGCAACGAAGCUUGGCAGCUUCGAGAGUGCUGGCGUGCUGGACAUCUGCUCGUCCCACAGGCGAGGAAAGGAGCUUUGAAGUGCGACAGGCCGUCAGGCUGGAAUUGCUCCUUCUUGUGCUCGCUAUAGAGCUCGUGUUAGAUGACACCGUCGCGAUACUUGGAAUAAGGAGCCAUCAAGAGCAUUGCAAAUCAGCUUGGCAGCCCGCGUUUAGGCAAGCUGCUGAUGCUUCAGAAGAAUCACCCAAGGAGACUCUUGAGUCACGAAGAAACGUGAGUGUCGUCUCCAGUAGCUCGCGCCACACCAUUUCACGUUUCGCCUCAUUUCUCAUACUUUCUCACACACUCAGGUCUUUGUCGCACUGGUGAGUUCGGGUGGGACGCCGCCACCCCAUCAUCGAGCUGCUGAUGCAUCGCCGAUCAUCGUGUAGCUGUCCUUCACAGUCGCCAAGCUGAAAGGAAGACCAGCAGCGCUGGGAGAUGUACGAAGGUUCACUACGCUGACCAAUGGUGAGUCUAGCGUUUUUUGGGUGCUUGGCAGACAAUCCUCUUCUUCUGACACGUCAAUUUUGGCUUGGGAAGCCCUCGCAUUCUUGCAGGGCUUGGCUGCCCGCAAGACUGCGAAAUGA